AUGUUUCCAUAUGGAAGAGACACUGGCUAUCCCGAAUACCCACCGCAGCGGCCGGUUCCCGGAUUGUCGCAACAGGGCAACUGGAGUCGUGCACGCUACAUGCCACAAACAUUCCCACCACCAUACUUUCCCACUGCUCACGAGUAUGCUUACAUGCCUGUCCGUCACUCUGCCCUUUACGACUUCAAUUUCACCAGCGUUGCUCAAGACUUUUACGCCCCUCCAUUCAGACACCAUAGUGGACGGCCUUCAAGACAAGGCGCUGGUAUAGGAUUCCACAAUCCUCCGCAUGCUUUUCAACGUUUCGCUCAUCGUCCACAAAGCUCUCACUUUCAUCCUUAUCCUGGGUCUUUCAGCUCUGAAGCACCUCGGAGUGAUUCACUUCACGACCCCUCUUCCAACCGAACAGAUCGACCAUAUAGGAUUCAGAACAAAAAUAGAGGGAACCGUGCGAAUGCGCCAGGGGUUCAUCACACACCCUCGUUACCGCCACCUAGUCGUGAUGCUUCCCCAGAAGUAACCAUCGAGAAACCGCUUGAUUCUUCGAAUCUAGAGCCAGUGUCUGGACUGCAUUCCACAACCACCUCUACUCUCUCUUCCCAUUCCAUUGUUCACCAUAACCUAAGAGAAAAGCUCAUUGAUCACCUCCGAGCUGGUACCUAUCAAUGUCUGAUUUGCAUCUCUAAUGUACGGCAACGGGAUUCCGUUUGGUCUUGUACCACCUGCUACCAUAUUUAUCACCUACCUUGCAUCAAAUCCUGGGCUCAGAAGUGUACCUCAGACUCAUCAACCACAACCACGCACGCUACCUGGCGUUGUCCUUCAUGCCAAACCAAACAAUUAAGUACUGUGGCGGAAAUUAACUACGUUUGCUUCUGUCGCCGGAUCCGCGAUCCAGAAUAUCAUCCAGCUCGCACAAGCAUCCCCCAUGGUUGCGAUGAAGUGUGCGGAAAAAUUCGCACGAAAUCGGAAGUCUCUGAAGGGGGUGUGGAUCACAGUUAUGUAAAACAGACCUUCUGCACACACCCGUGCACCGAACUGUGCCAUCCUGGACCAUGUCCUCCUUGCACCGCCAGUGUUUCAAUGUCCUGUCCUUGUGGUCGAGUUCAGCGUGCAGCGUUAUGUGGUGACAAGCCGCCUGCACCUUGUGGACAGUUGUGUGGCCGUCAGCUGGGCAGCAUCGACAAACCGCUUGAGCGUUGUGCUUGUAAAAUACACACCUGUUUAUUUGCGUGUCACGAGGGCCUCUGCCCUCCGUGCAUUUGGAUCAUUGAAACAGGUUGUUAUUGUGGGAAGGAACACAACAGAUUUUCCUGUGGUGGUGAUGAUGCUCUAAAGCUCAAUCUAGCGCCUGAUACUUUGGAACAAAUUUACACCGCCAUGGCGAAAUUCCACUCUUCUACCGAUGAACGGUUACUUGUUACAAAAUUGGACAAGUCUCUCACGCUCUGUUCUACUAACAGUGAUUCGAUUCUUGAAGUAAACGAUUCACCUGCUAUGGCCGUCUCCACCCCCGCCCCAAAAACCCACGAAGCUCAAAGCACUUGUGAUGCAAUUGAAACCCAAACACCCCUCGCUCCGUUGCUUGAGCCGCCAGCGGUGUCUGUCGCGCCCUCUUUUUCUUGUGGUGGUAUUUGCGGACAGCCGCUGGCUUGUGGAAAUCACAGUUGCCCAGAUAUAUGUCAUACUGGAGAAUGUAAGCCGUGCGCACUGGAUCCCUCACGAUGUUUCACGUGUCCUUGUGGUCGUAUCCCACUGAGCAAGCUGGUCCUUUCGAAUGAUCCUGCUGGUGAUCGGCGGAAUUGUUCGGACCCUGUUCCUACCUGCCCAAACGAAUGUGCUCGACCUCACCCUCUAUGCGGACAUCCAUGCCCAAAGGUGUGUCACAGUGGCCCUUGCAACCCGUGUGAAUUAUCUAUAGUCCUCAAAUGUCGCUGUGGCCGCACCUCGAAGGAGUUGAAAUGUGUGCAGUUCGAGGAGCUGGCACAUUCAGAUGGUGUGGCGCAACUGCUUUGCGAACGAGUGUGCAAGAAGAAAAAGGUGUGCGGGCGUCAUAAAUGCAAGCUUAAGUGCUGUGAUCUCACCUCCCAUCCAUGCAACGAAGUUUGUGAGCGGCUCCUCACUUGCCGACGGCACGUUUGUGAAGAACCUUGUCACCCUGGUCCCUGUGGCUCGUGCUGGAGGGGAGUCAUAUAUACUGAGAUUUAUUGUCGCUGUGGUUCCGCGGUCCUGCACCCUCCUCAGCCGUGUGGAUCUUCGCCUCCCGAGUGUACGCAACCUUGUGACCGUCCCCACGAUUGUGCUCACCCGGUGCGCCACACCUGCCACAACGAGCCUACAUGCCCCCCUUGCGCAGUGUUGCUGACGAAAGAGUGUCCCGGCGGUCAUGGAGUUCAAUUCAGCGUCCCCUGUUUCCAACCUGUGCUUACUUGCGGUCGCGUGUGUGGUAAGCCACUACCUCAGUGUUCUCAUUUUUGUACGCGCCUUUGUCAUGUGGGUAGCUGUCUUACUGAGCCUGAUACCGACAAUGCGGAAUCUGCAACCUCUUUCAAGUGUUCCCAACCAUGCCAAAAACCGCGAUCAGAUUGUGGACAUGCUUGCAAUCUGCCUUGCCAUGAAGCAGAGGGGAAGACCUGCCUACAGGCCGCUUUAUCCACUAAGUUUACUCCCGGGAAGUCGCUCAAUGUCGCCGUUUCCUCGCUGUGGCCCCGUUGUCAGUACUCCUACACCGUUGUGUGCCCUUGUGGCAAUCGGAAAGCCAAACAGACGUGUCACCAGGUACAAUUGAAGCGCUGCAUAAUGGCUCAGCAGGAUGAGUCCUCUGUUCGACCUGAAAGUAUACUCAAUCCAAGUCUAUUUGAUAAGCGGGAGUCUGAACCUCUCAAACUACUAGCGUGCGACCACACUUGUACUGAGGUUGCCCAACAGGCACCCUCAACAUCCGGCCAACAGUAUCCAGGGACCGCUGGAUGGAAACGCGGUUUUGAUCAGGAAGCUGAGGCGACUAUUGGGGACAAGAAGGAUUCUUUUGAUCCUCCUGAAUAUUCUGACUUCCUGCGACAGUACGCUUUACACAAUUACGCCUUUGCCCUCAGUGUAGAGCGGCAGCUGUAUAACAUGGUGCUUCAGUUCUGGCAGCCUCUGAAGUCAUCCAAAGGUGAACCACUUCGUUCUUUGGAGCAUCAUUUCGCCGCCAUGGGCCCGAAACGUCGACGGUUUGUACGUGAAUUGUGUGAAUUCUACGGCAUAGAGGCAUACACCAUGGAUCCUGAGCCGAAGCGCCAUAUUAUGGUAUUGGCGAAACGCGGAAGUAUUCGUUUACCUGGAGAUACCACAGAUCAUCGCUACAGUCUGACUAACUGUCUGAAACGCGAUUUUCCCGGCACUAUACGUCUUCGUGAAGGUGUCACCAUUCCAAAGAAACCCGUGAAAAAAUAUGGACCGCCUCCAUUGUACACGGCACAGUCUACUUAUGCAAGCAUACUGGCGAAUAGGAAGUGA